CGGGGCCCGGGGGGAGGCCGCAGACCGCAGUCCGACUUCCCCACCGCGCCUUCGCGAGAGAGUACGCGCGCGAUUCGAACCGAGUGCUGUAACUUUACCCGCAACAACCAACCAACCACCAUGCCGCUGUUCCUGACCCAGGAGGAUGUCGCCUUCUUUAAGGAGAACGGCUACGUCAAGUUCAGGCUGUUCAGUCCCAAGGAGAUGGACCGCAUCUGCAAGGAGUACGACGAGCUGUUCCAGAGGAAGCUGAACCCCGGCAUGGAGGCUGCGUGGCGUGGCGACGAGAUGAAGAAGGCCGCCAACGCCAAGGACACGUCCGACUACUCGGUCCAGUCCGUGCACAACCUGCAGAUGCACUCGGCCGUGUUCACCGAGAUCCUGACCGACGAGCGCCUGCUGGACGCGCUGCAGGACGUGAUGGGCACCCAGAACAUCGCCCUGCACCACACCAAGGCCCACAACAAGCCGCCCAAGAAGGGCGCGCCCUACCUCAUGCACCAGGACUACCUCUACUUCCCCUACAAGAACGACUCCAUGGUGGCCGUCUUCCUCAAUAUUGACGACUCUGACCGCGAGAACGGUGGCCUGUGCGUGUACCCUGGCUCCCACAAGCUGGGCGUCCUCAAGGACCACGGCGUGUUUGAGGACGGCCAAGAAUACCACUGGGCGGACCCCGCCAAGUACCCCAUCGAGGGCGCCACCCCCAUCAUCGCCAAGCGCGGAGAAGUGGUCAUCUUCUCGUACCUGCUAUUGCACGGCAGCUACGUUAACAACUCCGACCGCACCAGGAGAAUGUUCUUGGCACAGAUAAUGGCUGCUGACGAUGAGCAGUUGGAGAAAAAGCACGUGUCGCCUGCUCAGGGCCUCAUGCUCAGAGGAUACAACCCCCGAAGAGAUGCAACCAUGGAGAAACGUUUCCAUCAUUGAGAUUGAGAUUCACCUGGCUGUCACAUAACGGCAAUUUCAAAUCACAUCUUGAUCUGUUCUUCGCUUUCAUGUUAUCUCUAAGUCUUGUACAUAGAUGUAUAUAAACUAUUAUUUCUCAAUUUAAA